AUGUUGUUUGAUGCUUUACUACUCGGUAUUUUUCUGGCGACUAGGUCAUUUCUGGUCUUCGGAAGCGCCUCACUUGUUCGUGCCGGUAACACGCCUGAUUAUUCUGGAUACAACACACUGGACCUCGUUCCAAGAACCCCCGCCCGGCCGAUCCGACAGCCAAAGGGCACGAAGCAAAAAAACAGCACAUCUUUAGAUACGAGCUGGGUCAAUGCUAUCCUCUUCGCGUACACGGGGGAGGAGGAGUUGGGUUCCAGGCAAGGAAACGCUUCAGUCUCAGCCAGCAUUGAAAUCUCUUGCGCGACGUGCUAUAUAAAAGGAACCGCUACCACAGAGUUCAUAUAUGACCGUGAAUUCAACGUCAGCCGCGCUUUUGGCAAUUUUACCAGCCAAGUCAGACGCGAGAUCGACAAACUGGCAGACGAGACGGCCGAUUACAUAGAAAACUACAUCGAUACGGUGGCAGAUAAUCUAGAUGACGGAUUUGACCUAGACGAUUUCGAUCUACCGCCAUUGGACUACAACUUGAAUGUUGACAUACCCGAGAUCCCAGAGUUCCGACUUCAGUUCCAAUUCGAUGGAUUAGAAGUCUACAUGUUGAUCGACACAGUCCUCUCGGCUGGUGCCACAUAUACUCUGAACUUGUACACUUCAACUACGCCCGCUGGCUUCGCCGUUCGAGAUAAUCUAGAGCUCGGUGUUAUCUUCGCUAUUGACCUCAUCCUAUCUGUAGAAGGGGAGAUCAACAUUAGUAGCGGUUUCCAUCUCAGACUGGACGAUGGUGUUUUGUUUGACAUUGCCAUCUUCUCCAAGAAGGUUUCGAAUCUGACAAUAAAUGGUGGCGACUUCGAAUUUCUACCAGUCACUCUCGAGAGUGCCGGUGUUGUGUUCAAAGCUGUUCUGCGUGUCGGUGUAAAAGCAGGCUUUGAAAUAGCAUCACCUGAAGUGUCAGUUGCCGGCAAAACAAUCGCUCAUGUUGGCGGAGGUGUUGAAGUAGGAGUAUUUGCCAACAUUGCCGAGUUAAUUACCAACGUCACUAUUUCCACUGAUGAAGACGACGAUUGCAACCUUCGAGUCGAGGAAGUCUAUCAACUGGCUGUUGGCGCUGCUGCUGGUGCUUCUAUUGCUAUUGAUGAUAUAACAUGGGGGCCAGUGCCGGAAACUGAGAUUCCUGUCUUCUACACUACGUUGGGACAUGCUUGUGCCAGCCAACGAAGCAGCGAUGCUUCUUUAUCCAUCACGACAUCCCCAGCACUGCGGGUGAGAGGGAACAAUGAUGAAGAAGAUGAGAUGGAGACAACGACAAUCUCUACCAAGGCCACGUUCACUGUUGUAGCCUGCCAAUCGGAAGGAUUAGUCAACUGUCCAAUGUCACUGCAGACAACGUCAAAGUACACCACUACACGAACACAUGUUACUGUUAUUUCCACCGAUAGCGAGGCCGUGUUCCCCGAGUCCGUUAGCCAUACCAUUACGAGCUUGGUUCCAUUCGGAAAGGGCGCAAACAAGUUGGUAGCAAUGUCGGGAGCUCCGUCUUCCUAUGUUCCGCCAACCACGACAGCUUCGGCUAAAGAUGGCAAGGAUGAUGAUUCGAACAGCAAAUCAAAUGAGAGCUCUAGAGGAGUUUCCAGAAGCGUCAUUAUUGGUGUCAGUGUCGGCCUUGGAGUGCCUUUUGUGCUAGGAGGAAUCGCAGUGGUUUUGUAA